UGUUUGGCGGGAAAAGCAAAAACGGGGGGGGGGAAAAUGGCGAUGGUGGACGUUCGAAGCGGACGCCUGACAGCGGCGUAAGCACACCGACAAGAAAACGGGACCAAAGCACAGGAGAGAGAGAAGGCAGCGACGCGUCUACACGGAUGUCAAACAGGUCGGCAUGUUUGAGGACGUGUUUGAAGUGGAGCCUGUGGCACCUGUGCGCUGGGAGGAGAGCGAAGAUGAGGACGACGAGGCCGGGCCGGAGGACGGCGGGGCCGGGCCGGAGGACGGCGGGGCCGGGCCGGAGGACGACGGGGCCGGGCCGGAGGACGACGGGGCCGGGCCGGUGGACGCCGGGCCGGAGGACGACGGGGCCGGGCCAGACUCCGGCCUCAGCGUGGGCCAGUUUGUGCUCUGUCAUUGGUCGGACGGCCUUUACUACCUGGGCAAGAUUCUCAGGCUCAGCCCAUCGAGACCUAGCUGCUUCGUCACCUUUGAGGACAACUCCAAAUUUUGGGUCCUGUGGAAGGACAUUCAGCACGCCGGCGUGCCUGGGAAGGAGACCCGCUGCUCGGUGUGUCUGAAGGUGGCGCCAAGAUCCGAGCCGAUCCUCAUUUGCGGAAAGUGCGGCAUAGGUUUCCACCGCAAGUGUCACGAUCCUCCCGUAGAGGACAGCGGUGAUGCGAGUCCCUGGUUCUGUCGACGUUGCGUCUUUGCCCUGGCCGUCAGGAAAGGGGGUGCUUUGAAGAAGGGGCCCCUGGCCAAAGCUCUGCUCGCCAUGAAGCAGGUGCUGUCCUACGACCCGGAUGCGCUCCAGUGGGACUCUCUGCACCGCACCAAUCAGCAGCAGUCUUACUGCUACUGCGGAGGCCCUGGAGAGUGGUAUCUGAAGAUGCUCCAGUGCUUCCAGUGUCGGCAGUGGUUCCACGAGGCGUGCACGCAGUGCUUGCAAGAGAGCAUGAUGUUUGGAGACAGGUUCUACUUGUUCGUGUGUUGUGUCUGCAACAAAGGUUCGGAGCACGUGCGCCGUUUGUCUCUUCGCUGGGUGGACGCGGUGCACCUGGUUCUCUACAAUCUGUCGCUGAGCAACAAGAAGAAGUACUUUGAACUGGAGGAAAUCGUGACCUUUGUCAACACGCACUGGCAACACUUGCAGCUGGGAAAGUUGUCGAGCACUCCUCCGGCAGACAGGGGGCAGCACCUGCUCGACGCCCUCAACAAGUACAAGAGCAAGUUCCUGUGCGGGAAAGAGAUUAAAAAGAGGAAGUGCAUCUUUCGUCUAAGGGCGCGCGUUCCUCCCACGCCGCCCUCCAAACUUUUCCCCGAGCGUGCUCACGGCGAGGGCGCUCCGGGCUGCAAGAAGGCCGUGGGUCGCAACAGCACUUCAUCAGAGAGGAGAAAGAGGAAGUCCAAGUGGUUGUUGGAAGACGCCAUCCCUGAUAAUGAUCAUCACCGCAUGGCCGCCAUAUUUGACUUCACCCUGGACCAACUGCACAAGCUUAGCAGACGAACGUCGGGUGCGGAUGGAGACUCGGCAGACGUUUCCACGUCGGGUUCCGUCAGUGCCGGCGGCUCCUUUGGGCCAGCCAGACCAAAGGUAGGCAGCAGCAAGAGGAAGUUGCCGAGCUCCGCCUACAAGCAUUUGGCCGAGGAGGCUCCCGUAAGCGCCGAGGAAGGCCCGUAUCCCGCCGAGCCGUAUCCCACCGAGCCGUCUCCCGCCAACCCGUAUCCCGCCGAGCCGUCCCGCUACAUGUCUCGCCUGCACUCGCGUUCCCGCGUGCUGGCGCGCCGUGUCACCGCAGAUGGCGCCCUGCAGUACCUGCUGCAGUGGGAGUGGGAGGGCUCGGCACCUUACUAGCGAUUUGAGGACCAACCAGAGAAAAACAGCUCAAGCAAACCGGGAUAAUCAUUCUGCCAGCUUCUAAUGUGUAACGGGCCAAUUUGCUUGAGUGAUCCAAGCAGUGGCGGCUGAUCAUCAGAGGCCGCUACGUAUAAAAUGUACAUAGAAAAUAUAUAGAACUAAUAUAAUGUGUGUGUGCAGCACGUGUAGACGCGUAUAAAAUGUGCUGAUGUGUAUAUAUAAUAUAGCGGCGCUUCAUCCAAAAUGUUUGCUAUCCGAAACAAUGAAAGCUAAGAAAACGGACGUAGCGUUUUGACUCGGA